AUGUCCACUAAUACAUCAAAGUAUUCUCAUCUACCAGUCACUGUUGAAAAAUCUAUACCAGUUUCGUUCGAUCUAGGUAAUCUGGCUGUUUUUGAUUCUAUUCCAAUUGACAAAGAGGCCUUUGACUCCUCAAAUCCAACCCGUGAGAAUCAUAUUAAACAAGUAACUCGUGAUAAUGUCCAAUUAUUAAUUAACCAACUACUAUCGCAACCCAUUAAAAAUACUACUGAUUCAUCCAAAUCCACAAUUUCACUAAUACAACUCCCUGAACCAACAACUGAGUUGCCACGUGAAAAACCAUUGCCCAAACCCAAACAACCAACCAAAUGGGAACAGUUUGCCGCCAGAAAGGGUAUCAAAUCCAAAACUAAGGAGGGUAAAAAAGUUUACGAUGAAGCUUCUGGAGAAUGGGUUCAAAAAUGGGGGUACAAAGGUUCAAAUAAAAAGGUUGAAAGUGACUGGUGUGUUGAAAUUGAUGAAAAAUUACCAACUAACGAAGAUGGUCUAAUAGACCCAAGAACUUUAAACAGACAAGAAAGAAAGAGAUUAAUAAAGAAAAAUGAUUUGCAACAUAAGAGAAAUCUAAAGAAUAGAGCAGGUGCUCCUUGA